UCCUCCCUCCCACCGGCCUCCAUCAUGGCUCCUGUGUGCCGGUUCUCCUGCUGCCUGCUGGUCCUGCUGGUUCUGCUGGUUCUCCCCGCCGUCCGGAGCUCGUUCCCCCGCAGCGGAGGCAGCAGCGGGGUGGACUGCGGCCCCGGGAAGGCCGUCGACUGCCCAGAUCUGUCGGAGAAGAAGAGCGACCUGCGAGUGUGUGACGCCGGGACGUGUCGCUUCGGAGGAACCUGCCAAAACGGAGCCGACAUCAAGUGUGUGUGCCAGUUCCACUGUCAUAAGAAGUACGUCCCUGUGUGCGGGUCCAACGGAGACACCUACCAGAACGAGUGUUUCCUCAGGAGAGCCGCCUGCAAGAAACAGAGAGCCAUCAGCAUCGUGUCAGAGGGACCCUGUUACCACGACGGAGCGUCAGGAUCUGGUGAUGGAGAUGAUGAAGGCUCUGGUCGAGGGAAAAAGGUCUCCAAAUGUGGAAACUGCAAGUUUGGAGCCGAAUGUGAUGAAGACUCUGAAGAUAUGCUCUGCAUGUGUAACAUCGUGUGUAACGGCCACAACGACAACCCGGUGUGCGGCGGCGACGGCGUCACCUACGACACGCCGUGCCACGUCCGAGAGGCGUCCUGCCUCAAACAGCUGAAGAUCGACAUCAAACACGUGGGCCGUUGUCAAGAUAAAAGUAGGAAGGACGACAGCAUGAAGACCAAACCAGACAUCUACGCUGUGUCCAAGCCUGGUGAGGGGGAGGGGUUUGCGGACAGCCACGCCCCCUGUCCUGAAGACUACGCCCAGUUCUGUGAACACGGCCAAUGUGAGAUGAGACAGAACCUUCCCACCUGCAGGUGUGAGGCGGCGUACGGAGGGCCUCAGUGUGAUCAGCUCCUGGACUUUAACAUCCUGUACGUGGUGCCCAGCGGUCAGAAGCUGCACUACGUCCUCAUCGCCGCCAUCAUCGGAGCAGUUCAGAUCGCCGUCAUCGUAGCGGUGGUCAUGUGCUUCACCAGGAGGUGCAACAAGACGAAGCGUGGCCGGCGACAGAAGCAGCACCUCGGCCACUUCCCGUCAGGAACGUCCUCCCGGAUGAUGUAGCUGCUGGAAGUUUAGUUUUUAUGAAAUACAAGAAGUCAAACGUUUUCGUACCACAGACUGACUGCUUUUUUGAUAUCUCGACUUUUCGGUGCCUCUUUUCUUUCCUCCCUUUUUUAAGAAUAGUUUUUGAAUUUCUUAAGGGGCCUUAUUUUUUAAGAUUUUACCUCCAUAUUUGUUGUAUUUUAUUUUUUUUACUGUCUGCAGAUGACUUUAUGUUUCCCGUCCGUUUGGCUUGUGUUUGUGGUGACGCUGCCGUCCUCUCUGACUCUGAACACUGUGGAUCCUCCGACAGGAAACAAACGUUAUUUAUCUGAUUGUAUCGUCCGCAGACAAACUGGAGAACACACGUUGUGUCUUUUUGUUUUGACGCUGUGGGACGCAGAGCGAGGCCCUUUCUGUGCUUUCGUGUAGAUUUAUUUUGAAGGGAACACUCGUGGAAGUAAUAAGUACUGAAUACCCUGAAGUCUGAACUGAGUCACUGCUGAAUACUUACCGAUUCAUUAGACUUUAAAAAAGAUUAAAGUGUUUCUAAUAUUCACAAAACUAAAUUGCUAAAAUUCAAUUGAUCAUUUUCUGAUGUAAAAAUGAAAGUCCGGCUAAAAUUGGAUCGUUUGAAUAUUGAUAUUAAUAUUCAAACUUUGUUAGCACAAAUAUAGAUUCUUGUUUUUUUUUUAAGAGACCUUCAAGUUAAAAUAUGUUUUA